AUGUCAACCCCUCUCGAACUCUUCUCCCUCUCAUGGGGAAUGUAUCCCCGCCGCGUCCUAAUCUAUCUCGCCGAGAAGAACAUCCUCAAAUCACCACUCGUCAAAAUCACAGAAGUGACCGUCUCCCCCAAUAGCAACAGCUUAACGGCGCCCGGAAAACCUCAAGGCACAGUGCCAGUUUUGCGUCUUUCUGAUGGAAAGUUCAUCAAACAGUCAAUCGCCAUUCUCGAGUACUUUGAAGACAUCUGCGAUGAUCCGCAGCAGCCGUGGCAAGUUGAACUUGCUAAGAAUGCUGGUGGCAGUAUGCGCGGACAGACGGCGGAGGAGAAAGCACGCGUCAGAGAAGUUCUGGGUCUUGCGGAUGAAGUCACCAGUCAGUUUGGGUUUGCGUGCCACAAGGGGACGGCGCUGUUCAACAUGCUUGAGGAGACACAUGCAACUACUGCAAAACAUGCUCUUGAGUACUGCCAGAAGAAUCUUAAAUUGCUGGAGAAAUACUAUGACGGGGACACUCGCUUUGAUGGUGGAGAUGGACAGGUCACUAUCGCUGAUUGCGUUUUAUACUCGACUCUGCACUUUGCCAAAGACCUCUACUGUCUGGAUCUUCUGGAAGACCCUGAACUAGCUAGUCUUCGGGCAUUUUACGCUUGGUUCAGCGGCAGAGAAAGUGUCCAGGUACCGGAAACCCAUUUCCCUGCUCAGAUCAAGGAAUUGGCCUGUCAAUGGCUUCCUGUAGAGUAA